CAGAAGCCCAACAAGAAAGUCUCAGUCGGUUGGGAGAGCCGGCGUGCGAGGGAAACAAAUCCCUUCUUUGAAACAGUUGCUGAAGUUUCUAAAUUGUUCUUUUCUUUCCUCAUAGUAGAUCAUAGACCCCACCAACACUUUUCACUUUCCCGGCCGAGGCAACAAAGGCAGUACCAGUUGCCACCUUCUUCUAGCAUUCUGGAGCUAAGCAUCUCUUUGAUAUAGUGACAUUGAUUUCAAGACUGUAGCUUGAGAGAAUUUAUUAAUUUAUGGCUGUGGAAACUGAGGUCGGAACUCCAGAAUUGGCCCUUGCUGAUACCGAUAUCAAAUGGGCCAGGUUGGACAAGACAAGGUUUCACAUAAUUGGGGCUAUACUAUUUACCGCUCAGCAAGGGUUGCUUCAUCCAACUGCAGUUGUGAAGACCAGAAUGCAAGUGGCUGAUUCUGGAUUCUAUCGCAUGAAAGGAAUAUCUGUGUUUAGACAUAUUGUAAAGAAUGAUGGAAUUGCAGGUCUUUUUAGAGGUUUUGGCACUUCUGCCAUUGGGUCAAUACCUGGUAGAGUGCUUACUUUGACAUCACUUGAAAUGUCAAAAGAUAUGAUGUUGAAAUAUACACAAAGGCUAGAUAUGCCUGAAGCAACUCGUCUUGGCAUAGCAAAUGGAGUGGCAGGAAUGUUGUCAAAUCUAGUUUCUUGUGUAUACUUUGUACCCUUGGAUGUGAUAUGCCAAAGACUAAUGGUGCAAGGGCUUCCUGGGACUACAUUCUGUAAUGGACCAUUUGACGCGGUGCGAAAAGUGCUGAAGACUGAAGGGUUCCGUGGUUUGUACAGAGGUUUUGGAUUAACAGCUAUAUCACAGUCCCCUGCAUCUGCUCUUUGGUGGGGUGUGUAUGGUGCUGCCCAACACAUUAUUUGGAGGAGCUUGGGUUACAGAGAUGACAUGGAUGAGAAACCUUCUCAUAUGGAAAUGGUGAUGGUUCAGGCUACAUCAGGAAUGGUGGCUGGUGCAUGUUCCUCAGUUAUUACUACUCCUUUGGAUACUGUAAAGACUCGAUUACAGGUUAUGGAUAAUUAUGGAGUUGGAAGGCCUUCAGUGCUCAAGACAGCAAAGACACUCCUCAAAGAAGAUGGAUGGUGGGGUUUCUACAGAGGGUUUGGACCUCGCUUCUUAAAUAUGUCUCUGUACGGGACUACAAUGAUUGUUACCUACGAACUGAUAAAGAGAUUAUCUGUAAAGCAAGUGUAACAACUCAAGGUGGAUAACGGAUGCGCAAUAUAUGAGCACUCAGCAGGAGGCCAGGGGUAGAAUAGGUAAUAGUGCAGAGAAGUUAUUUUUAUUUGUUUUCUUCUCUGUAAUUUUGAUGAGAACAUACGAUCUCGAUACUCCCUUUCUACCAUGAUUUUUUUAUUAAAAAUAAAAUAAAAUUACGUCCAUGACCAUGAGUUGGGAUA